CUCGAAAUUGCGGGAUUUCGGUGGUUUUCCAGCUCAGUUCGACAGGGCUGUGUUGUCUUCUUCUUCUUCUUCUUCUUCUUCUUGUGAUCGAUAGGAAAGAGGGAGUGGGACGGGCAUCCUCUUCUCUUCCAACGCCUACUUGUGUCGAGCUUCAAUUGCUGUACGGCGAUGACUGUAGUGAAUUGCCGAAUUGAGAGUCUUGUUGUGUCUGCGGCUAGCUGAUCUGAUGGGGAGUUAACGUUUGACUAUAGAGGGAAUAAACAGACGGGUCAGCUAGAGAGAGGAGCUACCGAACCGUUAUUUCGAGAUGUCUUACUCAAGUAGGUCAAGGUACUCUCGCUCCCCUUCUUACGGGAGCUACAGCCGGUCUGCCUCGAUGUCAAGGUCGGUGUCCCGGAGCAGAUCAAGGAGCCUUUCAAGUGAUGUUGAGAACCCUGGUAACAACCUGUAUGUGACUGGUUUGUCCCCUCGGACUACAAAGAAAGAACUUGAGAAGCAUUUCUCGAGUGAGGGAACGGUGGUGGAUGUCCAUCUUGUGGUUGAUCCAUGGACAAGGGAAUCGCGAGGGUUUGGAUUUGUAACGAUGUCAUCUAUUGAGGAGGCUGAACGAUGCAUUAAGUACCUUGAUCGUUCUGUCCUUGAAAGCCGAAUUAUUACCGUGGAGAAGGCUCGCAGAAGGAGGGGACGUACCCCUACUCCAGGACGGUAUUUGGGGCUGAGAACUGUCAGAGGGUGUCGGCGCUCUCCCAGUUAUGAUUCUUGCCGGCGAUCCCCUAGCUAUUCUCCAUAUAGUCGGAGCCGGAGCAGGUCUCCCUGCUAUUCCUCUGAUCGAAGUCGGAGCAGGUCUUACUCACCUUAUUAUAGCAGGAGUGGAUCAUACUCUCCUUACUACCGUCGCCGCAGGUCCUAUUCACCUCGCUAUGAUCGGCGGAGUUAUUACUAUUACCGUGAGAGGUCCUACUCUUGUUCUCGCCCUUGUAGGUCACCAGUAUACAGGCAGGACAGGUCCUGUUCUAGAUAUAGCUACAGGGAUUAUUCGCCAGAUGAGCGGUACUAUAAACGGACCAGAAGCAGGUACCGCUCAGUGUCUCGCAGCUACUCGCCUGGGAGGAGGGACUACUCCAGCAGCUACUCGCCAAGGCCGAGGAGGAGCUACUCUCCUAGUGUCUCUCCAAGGCCUAGGAGAAGCUCAAGGAGGAGUUAUUCUAGCAGCACCUCUCCAAGUCCAAGGAGGAGCUCAAAAAGGAGUCGUGGCUCAAAGAGUCGCGGUCGGAGUGAGUCUCAGAGCCGCAGUGCAAGGGCUACUUCUAGGGUGGUUUCGAGAUCUGUCACUCCUAGCUCGGCUUCUCCUUCUCCUUGAGCACCUGGGUGUUAGUAUCAAAGUUAGGUGAAUUACCCUGCUAUGGGAGGAUUAAUGUAAUUGAGGACUUGCUAUCAUGUGCUGCAUAUUGUGCUCUCCGAGUGAUUGAUGGAUACAUGUAGUACCAAAGUUCUGUUUAUUAUAUAAACAAAUAAAUUAGUGACUGUUCUAUGAAAUAGCUAUUUUCAUUGCUUA